CGCCUCUACCAACAAUGGGUGCGGGUGGAUAUCACGGACAGGGCUAGCUUUUUUUUCCAUCUAGGCUAGCCGUAAUCCUCUGUUUUCCUUCUUUGUACGCUUACGAGGACAAGUUAAUUUCAAGCUAAAUUUCAAAUGAAUAUCAUUCCGACGAAACGGGCCGCGGUCAACGUUACCAGAGUCAUGAGUAUUAUGCUUCAGCAAAAUGGUGGCGCUGAGGGACCGAUGCACUUCGGCUCAGGAAAUUCCCCGCUGCAACUCGGCUCUUCUCUGGACUCACACAACGGAAGUGUGUCCACUGACACCACGAAACGGCCCAAGAUUCUGGAAGUGUACGCGACACAGGGUUAUGCAAGGAAAAACCUUCUUGAGGACGACGAAGACGGGGGCGACGGUUCGUUGCCUUGUACCCCGGAGCUGCGGUCGGAGAGCGAAAUUGACGUCUCCAGUUGUCCAGCAGGGGACGAAGUGCUGGAGAGUGACACGAGGCAACUUAUUAGCCGUUUCUUGAGAGACUUUACCGGACUUUCUAAACCUCGGUGGAAUGAAAGCAAAGAGCUAUCAACGAUGAAAAGGGUUGUGAACGGCGUUUUGGAAAAGCACAGAUACGCAUACAACGGUAUGGUCAAUAAACUGUCAUUGGAUGACAGAGGGGAUGAUGCGAGUUUUGUCAGCGCUGUAGCCAAAAGCCUUUUUGCAGAUGGAAGCACCAACUGGGGUCGCAUCACCAGCCUGCUGGCCUUCGGGGCGGUGGUGUCUCAGUACCUGAAGGAGAAAGGCAAGGAGAACUGUGUGGAGCAGGUGGGACAGGAGAUCUCCACGUACCUGCUGUGCGACCAGCGGGACUGGCUGGUGAAAAACAACUCCUGGGAUGGCUUUGUUGAGUUCUUUCGAGUAGCAGACCCAGAGUCCACAGUGAGGAAUACACUCAUGGCUUUUGCUGGAUUUGCUGGCAUCGGGGCGACACUGGCCUUGUUGAUCAGGUGAACUUAUUGGACUCCCAGAGACUUAUUUUCAGCAACUCUGCAAUCUUUGGCUUGAUACAAAGGACACUGAAGCUGAAAUGCUGAAUUGAGAACCACAUCAGUGGUUCCUGUCUUAAUUUUCCUGGGCUCUCAUCCAACCUAACUGCAAAAUGAGUCAAAUCUUUGCUGUUGACACACAAGGACUGACUUUACAGACAGCACUCAACCUUCAAACAAUUAGGGUUUAUUUAAUUUACAAAUACAAUUUAUUUUUCUAAUAAAUGUAAAAUGUACAUCUAUGCAAAUUAAAGUGGUAAUGGGGAAUCAGUUGACCUGAUUUUAGCUUGAUGGUAAUGUGUUUGUGCAUAAUUAUAUGACCGUUCCUUGGUGAGCAUAGUGUUUGUAAGCAAGUCCCAGGUUGAAGCAGGAAGGGUAGGCUGCAUUUUUCCUUGCCAUGCAGUCAUGAUGCCCAUUUCCAUAGAGCCCAUUCAUAACCCCUGGAUCUUUUGUAUGAACACCUUACCCGUGUGAGAGGAGGAUUUGCAUGAGUGUAGCUAAACUUCCUUGCUAUGAAAAUACUGGUUCCACACUUGGAGGCUUCAGAAACCACAUGCUGGACUUAUGGCUCAACAGCCUGGAAAAUUUGAGUCUGUUGGAAGAAAUGAAUAAGGACUCUGAUCGUGCCGACUGUGAUGAUUGACUGGACUGAAGCUGGCUGUGGUUGGGGAAUGAUGUUGGUGAUCCUCAGAGCGAGAAUACAGGCAAUGAUAAAUAGUACACAUCCAGUUGUAAGCUUUGAAAUAAUAAAAAAAAGGAAAUAUAAUUCACAUGGUUUGACCUUUUGACAUGGUCUCUCUGUUAAGGGAAUUUUGCAAAAGCAAAAGACAGAGGUUACAUCUGCGCUCAUCCUGGUUCACGCCUCGCUCUACGAGGUCUACUGCGUCCACGCUUCAACCUUUUGGUGUUUAUUCACACCACAACCCAAGACGGCAAUGACUGCUGUUUCCUAGAAAUUUGAUGAGGCUGUGGCAGCGCUCAGCUGCAUCCGCAGUUAGCGAGUUGCAGUGGUAGCUUAUUAUCUGCAGAAAACUGGUGCACAACAGCCAAAUGCACCACCCCCACCUCGAUGUGAAACUGGGGUAAAAAACAGUUCACAACAUCCUCAAAAUUGCAUAACACUGUCUACUUCCUGAGUUGGAAGGCAGUCUCAGCUACCUAGAAACUAGUGACUUAAUCAGAUAUCUUUAAUAUAUUAAUAAAAUGCACUCAAAUAUGAUAUAUUUUAUCGGGUAUUUAAAUGGUUACUGUGUGUAUUUUUUGUUUUUUGGGAGGGAUUUUUUUCAUUUCAUUUUCUCUUUUACCAGCUUGCAUCUCUAGCGUUGUAAUCGGGAAGGUUUCUAGAGUAAUACAAGAGAGUUUCUGUACUUAUCGUCAUCUGAAUGUCAUCUAAAACCUCAAAUCCCAGCGUAGACCAUAUGAAGCCUCAAACAGGGGAAUCCUUGGUGGUGAUGUGUGGCUGCGCCCUUGUUUGUUCAGAUCCUCCCGUUGUCUCGGGUUACAGGACAAACACAACACUCACUGAGGUCUUAGGAGGAAAUGGAAUAGAGCCUCUCCAUGGUGAUGAUCCACAGCAGACCUCCCCAUGUCCUCUCUUGUGGCUAAUGAUGUUAGCCACCACCCUGGUUACCCCUGCACAGUUCAUUAUGUAGAACAGGCUGCUACACAAUGGGGAAUUGAGGCUGAGGCAAUUUCAUAGAGCGGUUUGCACCAUACACAAGUGGAUUGGGGGUGCAGAAAACAGGCAGCACUUCAGUGUCUUGGGGCUGAAUAUGCAAAGUGCACUCAGUCUUUGAACAACCUUGAUGUUAGUAACUAGCUUAUUGGAGCAAUACAUUAUUUAAGUGUCUAUGCAUGCAUCAAUUUCUCUUCCACCUACAGUGUUAAGGCCUUAAUAUUUUUACUUAAUAUAUCCAUCUGUAUAGAGAAGUGUGUUAAAGUUAGCUCAUCUAUAAAUGACAGGAUGGGCAUAUCAUGGUCUGGUGUGUCAAGAUAUGCAAAUAAAAUUAGGAGGAUGCGAUAGGUUAACAGAAACCUUAGCUGUGUCAAAGUUAACUCGUGAAAUUCAGGAAACCAAACAUGAGCUGAUAUAUAUAUAUAUAUAUAUAUAUAUAUAUAUAUAUAUAUAUAUAAAACUUAAUUGCCAUAGAUGCACACAACACUCAAAAUACACUUUGCAAUACACUACACAAUUUUUAGGCCUGAAUCAUGUAUGUCAAAAUGAAAAUGAAACUUGUGGUUGGUUGUAUCGACAGGUUUGUUAACAGUCUCCAGACGCUCUCAUGGUGGUUAUUCCCACUAUGGUUAGAUGGUCAGUUAUCUUUCACAGCAAAAGAAACAACCAAAUGAGGAAGCUGUUAGAAACGUUCCUUCAAGAAAGCUGAGUUCACCAGACUGUUGUUGCCGUCCAGUUCAUUGCACAUUUUUCACACUUUCAAGCUGCAGUUGUUUUGGUUGGAAGUGUAAAAGAUCUUCGGUGUUUUGAACGAACUUGUCAGAUGUAAAGGUGCAGCCUCUGCGCUGUCACAGCAGUGUGGCCGUGAGCCGGAAAGCUUAAGGAAACCCUUCAGCAGGUGAACGCAUUCCUGUCCUGGGAUAGUUUAAGGAGUGGUGUACAAACUAUUAUCUGCACACAUACUUAACAUUCAGAUACUGUGGGGAGUAUUGAUUGUAUUCAGCUUAUACAGCCCAACCCAGAGGAAACCAGGAAGGAUUCAGGCCUGUGCUGAGCUUUUAGAAACUAUUAAGAGUUUCUGUGCACAAAGCUUUCACAAACUUGAAUUUACGAAAUAGAACAGAUUAGUUUCAAAAUUGGAUAAACAUUUCAUCAUGUUUCAUUGCUCAAAGUUUUUCUUCAUACAGCAGCUCCCCACGUUAACCAGCCUGCUGCAGCUUGUAACUUGAUCUUUGAGGAACAGCCCUUUCAGACAGGGUAUUGGUUGUGAGCUCUCCACUUCCCCGUAGUAACAGCCCGCCCCCGAUUUUAAAAAAAGCAACAGUUUCUGGGAAGUCAGCUGACGCACAAGUUAUCGUUAACAGGAGUACUCAGCUGCAGAGUUACUCCUUAGAGCCUGCAAAUACUCAGAAUUAUGACCCUGAGUUGCAAAGAUAGGCUGCGUUUUUGCAGUUUAAAUUAUAGAAUAGAAUUUGUUCAAUUAAAAAAGUUGCAUGUGUGCUUGCACUUCUUAUCAGCAAAAAAAAAAAGCAUAAGAAGUACUUAAAAGUUUCUACAGCUGCGUCACUGGCAAAGAAUUACAGACUUGUAGUCCUUUGAGCUUCAGAAAGACUCUUUAAUUAAAUCUUGGCCAACAGUCUUUGCUCUGCUUUUUGAAUACAGAACUUGUUUGUAUACAUGUGCAGAGAAGCCUGAGGGUGCCUGCUCAACUCUGUCCUCUAUCACAAAUGUGACUUUGAACAAACGUCUCUCAGGGCAUUUCCUGAAUAAACAUGUAAACCCUGUUUUAGCGCAAUAUUUUUUUUACCCGUUUUGGUGCCAAGCAUUCAUUCUUGAGGUGCUUCAGUGCUACUCUUUCUGCAAUUACUGCAGUCAAUAGUUUUAGAGUGGUAGUAGUCCAUAGGUUUGCUUUUUCUUCCCUUGAAUUUUUCUGCAUCGACUCCUAUUUUCAUUUUCACUCCAACAUUUUUAUCCUGCAAAUUAAAAAAAAAAAAAAAAAAAAAAAA